CAGAAACCGGAAGUAAGGCUAGCCACCAGUUCUCUGAUUGGACAAAAUAAAUGAAGUGGUAUGAUGAUUGGCUACACUGGUUGUUGUCAGAUUGUCUUUGCCCGGAAGUGAAACCGAAGUUAGCUGUCGCGAACACAAAGCGUGAGUGUUUCAUGUUGAUUUUGCACCCGAUGUGACCUAUAUCGGCGUGCUUGAUCCACUUGACACAAUCGUCUACAAACAUUUGAGCUAUGUACAACUGUAUUUAAAUCGGGCUAUUCUCAGUUUUAGCCAGUAUCGUGUUGACGUUAGCUUGUGGUGAAGGGGGAUUUCUAAAUCCAAUUUUCUCGAACGAUAUUAUCGAUAUAGGUAGAAAAGUCGUGAUGUCCGACAGUGAGCCGGAACCCGCGGGACUGGAUGGCCUCCCGCCGCUCUACAGCAUUUCCAAGGGAGAAGUGGUCUCCGUGCAGACCUACGGAGCUUUUGUCCGCCUGCCGGGCUACAAAAAGGAAGGUCUGGUACACGUGAGUGAGAUGUCAGCCACGCGUAUCGAGAGCGCCGCAGAAAUUGUCGAUGUUGGAGAGAAAGUAUGGAUUAAAGUCAUCGGGAGGGAGAUAAAUGGUGAGAAAAUCAAGCUGUCCUUCUCCAUGAAAGCUGUCAAUCAGGGAACUGGCCGGGACUUGGACCCUAACAACGUUAUGGCAGAGCAGGACGCCAGGCGGCGGAGGCAGUUCCGAGACCACACGGGCAACAGGAUCACACUGGAGGCCGUGCUCAACACCACCUGCACAAAAUGUGGCUGCAAAGGCCACUUCACAAAGGACUGCUUCUCUGCACCCGGUUUGCAGUACGCUCUUGUGCCUGAUGAGGGCGACGAAGAGCCACAACAGCAGCUGCAGCAGCAGCCAGCUGCAGCUGCAGCACAAAAAGAGAAAGACAAGAAGAAGAAAAAGAAGGAGAAGAAGAUGAAGAAGAGGAAGCGCGAGAGGAAAGGGUCAGAUAGUGACGACAACACCAGCGACGGCAGCGAGUGCAAACCCAAGAGGAGAUGUCACGAGCGGGAUGACGCCCACAAGCACAAGAAGAAACACAAGAAGCACAAAUCGCACAAGCGCAGCUGAGACGGCUGCUCACGGGCAAAAAAUGGCCGCCACGGCAGUGAGGACGUGUUUACGUUUCAAAUUUGGAUAUUUAUCUGAUUGUUACGUUAUUUUUUUCCCCCCCUCGUCAUGUUGCUGACAAGACAAACUUAAUGGUUGUGAGUAUUUUGGUUUCAGGCCCUGGAAAUUAAACGUGCACUCAAGCCAAUAGUACCCAUUGCAGUUUCAUGUUAAGUUCUGGUACCUUCAGAUCCAUAGACUCAAAAUUCCCUAGACCUAAGCUUCCCCCCCCCCCGACAAGACAAAUUUUGUUUCAGAGUAUUUUUGGUUUCCGAGGCUAAAACCAAAUGUCCCCAUUUCAUGUUCUAAAUUAAAAAAA